UAAAAAUCAAGAUCCUGUUGUAUCAGAGAUUUGGCAAGAAUGUCGAUGUUUGAGCCAGACUUGCGGUUUCUUAUGGUGCCGGCAGUGGCUGAAGAGUACCCACUGUUGCGGUCCGUCAACCUGCUGGUCUCUGCGCUCUCAAUGGUGUCCUGCAUGCUGGUAAGAGAUUUUUCUUCAUGUUUUGAAUAAUUGAUUUUCAGCUUUGAAGCAUUUGUUUUGUCCUUCUACCACUAGUUGAGUCUUUAGACUUCUCCUCGCAAAGAUUGAUCCUUCUAGUUUUGUCUUUUCUACAAAUCAUGCAGCUAGGUUGUAUGCGAUUUUUGUCUACAACAACGAGAGUAUCUUCAGGUCAUUGGGGGAUUUUUAUUUUUUCCGCAUUUGAGAAAAUUCUUCACGCGGAUGAUCUUGUACGUCGCGAUUGCAGAUAUGUGGCUGGCGUGUGCGCAAAUAAUAGGCCAUUUUCCGAAUCCAACGUCUAGCGGAUGUAUGGUUCAGAGCUUGUUCUUCACAUUCUUCAGCCUCUCCAGCUUUCUUUAUGACCACGGAUUUAUGUUUGAUGUCCGGCUACACGGUAGAUGUAGAAUCAGAAUUGCACUAUCUUCCUGCUGCAUGAUCCGUGUAAACGAAAUUCUAGGGCACGAGAUGCAUGAGGUGAGUCACUUCUACUGACAACAACAAUUAGAGCUAGUUGUGCUCAGGAUUAUGUUCUAAUCUGGAUGGAGUUCAGCGAUUAGUUUUUCGUUGCAAGCGAUUUUGUUUGGCGGUCACAGCAGUAGCAGUUUCAAGGAGACAGAGAUGGAGGAGAAGCUCCAUAAAGUGUGUUGGGGCGUUCCGCUGGCCAUUACGGGUUUAGUUUUCAUCACGCACGCCUAUGGUCCAGCUGGUUUUUGGUGCUGGAUUCAGGGGCGGAGCAGUUACGGCAGUGCUCUGCGAUUUUUCGUGUUCUACGUGCCAUUGUGGAUCACCUCCUUGUACAACAUUUACGUCUAUUUCGCGCUGACGGCGCGACUCCGACUGUUGUUAGAAGACCAAGAUGGGAGUUUAACGAGUCUAGCGCGGGCUGGGGAGAGCGUGACGUUGCAGACGAGCACAGGUACUGCAGCACAGCUAGGCGGAGAACGCAUGUCUAGUAGCAUAGAUGACGAACAAGAUGACACGAGGAGUGGGACGAUAGGAGGCGAUCCUGGGACGGCGGUUGCGGUUUUAGCAAGCUCUCUCGUGGACCAGCGUAUACAAGUUGUCGACGGCGUAAUUACUGGUACUGCUAGCAGUGGUCCGGUCUCACGCAUGGUGCUAAACGACGCUGAGGAGGCAGCGGAGAUGACAGCACAGCCUGUAAGGGCAGGCGAAAAUGGGAGUGCAUCUAGCGAUGGAGAUGGGAGUGAAGAUGCGCAAAACCCUACGUCUAGCGCAGUGUCUCGAUCAGACGAGCAAGGCGGGAGUAGCUCGUCAACAGCCUACAAACACCAGAAUGCGAAGGGUCCCGCAUCAACAGGCGCAGAUGAUUCUGUGAAUAUGACAGUCGUGGGGCGACCUAUUCGUCCAGGAGAAUCCUCUAACGCCUUUGGUCAGGAUGGAGGAGAGGGAGAGACACAAUCACAAAGAGUUCGUGAGACUCAGAGGAAUGAUCCUCCAGGUGACUUGCCACAGGCGCUUGCUUCUUCUUCAUCUUCACGGAGAAUGCAGCUGGAGGAAAGCGAGGUUGACCAUCUGAAGAAAGUUCAGUUGAUGAAUUUGAGGCGGCUUCUCUACUUUCCGCUGCUUCUGGUAUUCUGCUGGUCCUUUGGUACACUAAACCGGAUAGCGAAUAUGUUUGGGGUGGAGCUCUACGUGCUAGACUUUCUGACAGUGAUGUUUGGGGGCUUGCAAGGCUUUAUGAACUCCGCAUGUUACUUCUUCACAAAUCCUGCCGUCAGAGACGAGGUCGUCCAACUCAUAAAGUCCAGGCCGCAGGCGCGUGGGGCCGGGUCUGGUGGAGGACUUAGGACACGCAGAGCACCGACAGCCGGUCGCAAUUGAUUUGUAAUCUGAUUCAUUGAGUAUGUCUUGAUAAUACUGUCUAAAGAACAAUUACAGAAGUCAGCGAGACGCAUCUUGGUUCGUG